AUGGAGGCAGGUUCGAGUGGAUUCUCUGCCAUGGCACCACCUGUGUUCGAUGGGGAGAAUUAUCAAGCAUGGGCUGUGAAGAUGACGGCUUUUAUGGAAGGUUGUGAUUUGUGGGAAGCAGUGGAAGAAGACUACGAGGUGGCUCCCCUUCCUAACAAUCCAACCAUGGCUCAGAUCAAGCUGCACAGGGAGAAGAAGACUAGGAAGGCAAAGGCAAAAUCGUGUCUUUAUGCUGCUGUGUCACCCACCAUCUUCACCAGAAUCAUGAGGCUUGAGUCAGCAAAAGCUAUUUGGGAUUACUUGAAGGAAGAAUAUGAAGGAGAUGAGAAGAUUAGAGGUAUAAAAGUGUUAAAUUUGUUGAGAGAAUUUGAAAGGAUUCAGAUGGAAGAGAGAGAGACUGUGAAAGAGUUUGCUGAUAGGCUUGUGGAGAUUGCUAACAAGAUUAGAGUGCUGGGAACUGAUAUGAAGGAUGAUAGGCUAGUGCAAAAGAUUCUGGUUUCUGUACCAGAAAGGUUCGAGGCAACUAUUGCUUCAUUAGAGAACACUAAGGAACUUUCAGAUAUCAAACUUGCUAAAGUUCUUAGUGCUUUGCAGGCUCAAGAGCAGAGAAGUAUGAUGAGAAGAAAAGGAAUUACUGAAGUAGGAAUGGUUGAAGGAGCUUUGCAAGCCAAAAUGCAACAAAGUUCUGGUGGAAAAGGAAAGAACUUGAAAGAAUAUGACAAUGCUUAUGAGAUUGUUGCAACGGAAAGAUCGAGCAACAGCAGAAGGGGAAAGCACCGUCCAUGUCAGCACUGUGGUGGAAGGAACCAUCCACACUAUAAGUGUUGGAGAAGGCUUGAUGUGAAAUGCAAAAAGUGUCAUCAGUUUGGGCAUGUUGAAGUCAUUUGCAAGGAGAAAGAGUCUCAGCAGCAAGGAGAGGCACAACCUGCAGUUGAAGAAGAGGUAGAAAAACUCUUUGUUGCUUCUGGUUUUACCUCAUUUGUUUCAAAAGGUUGUUGGCUUGUUGAUAGUGGUUGUACUAACAACAUGACAAGUGAUGAGAAGCUCUUUAGGGAGCUUGAUAGAUUAGUAACAACAAGAGUAAGAAUUGGGAAUGGAGAGUACUUGGCAGUGAAGGGUAAAGGAACUGUCCAAAUAGAGAGUUGUGUUGGUACAAAAUUGAUAUAUGAGGUUUUGUAUGUUCCUAAGAUUGCCCAAAGUUUGUUGAGCGUUUGUCAGCUUGUAGAGAAAGGAUACAAGGUGAUGUUUGAGGAGAAAAAGUGUUUGAUUUUUGAUUCAAAGUGUCGGAAGUUAUUUGAGAUUCCAAUGAAGAAUAAAUUUUUUUCUUUGGAUCCGCUGAAGAUGAAGUCUAAGGUGGAUGAUGAUCAGUCUGUUAAAGGGAUUAUACCACUUGCAGAUAAGCAACAAAGCUGCAAUAUUGCAGAUGCAGUUACAUUUUUAGAAGUUGCAGGAGAAGAAGAAGGCAAAGCUGAUAAAAGAGUGAUGGUUGCAAUAAAGGAGGAGUUGGCUAUUUUAGAGCCCAAGACAAAGUUUGAUCUUGAUGGCUCACUAGAGGUUUUUCAAGUGCCAAAGCAGGAGAAGAGAGUUUAUGAAUUAAAGGAUACUCCUAGAGCUUGGUACAGCAAGAUGGAUGAACAUCUAUUGAAUUUAGGCUUUGGAAGAGGCAUGAGUAAGUCAACAUUUCAAGUUGUAAGGAAAGCUGGUGCAUACCAACUUGCACAUAAGGUCAAAUGUUUCAUGCAGAAGAUCAGAGUUUGUAACAGCACCUGA